AUGACGGGUGCGAACCCUUGGCUGCCACAAGCCAAAACAAAAAUGUCGAACCAAAUUGUUGCCAUCAUUGUCUGCAGCCUUGUCUUCUCCAGCGUUUUGGUGAGCUGUUAUGCCUCGACUGUGGCACCUUUGUGCCAGCCCGGUAUCAUUGAAGGUAUGCCACCACAUAUUCGCAAGGUGUGCAUGGCCUUGGAAAAUUCCGAUCAAUUGACAACUGCUCUGAAGACCUAUAUCAAUAAUGAGGCUGCAACUUUGGUUACCAACUCUGAAGAUUAUACCAACAAUUUGGGCAAACGUACCGAUGUUGAUCAUGUUUUCUUGCGUUUCGGCAAGAGACGUUAA